AUGAGUGAAGUCGACGAGGCCAUGACCGGUGUGGACGGCGGUGAAUCGCAUCUUCCCCUCUCCGAAGAUGAGACGAGAGUGCUGGACUUGUACGAUAAGCUGCAGGAGUUGCGGCUCGAAAUCGCCAUCAUCAACGCGCAGCAGGCCGGCGCAAAGGACGACGAGGAUCUCACGGCGGCACAGAACGCACUUCUCACCGCGAGAGCAAGAUACAGACUACGAAACGAUGCAAUUGAAGCUGUCAUGGUCGCAAACCCCAUCCUCAAGGCAGUCCACAGCGGCACGCAGGCAUCCCCCAUUGAGCGGCACGUAUCAUCAUUAGCUGAGUCCCACGGCUGGUUCUCCCCCCUGCUGACCCCAGUGCGCAGAGAUCUCUUCCCAUACGUGCAGGAAAGGGACGAGACGUCCAUUUCGGUGGCCAAGCACACAGAGAGCAGGACGAAGCUGCGCCGUGACCUGACCAGCGUCCAGGUGCAGAGUAUACGCAUGUGCCGCGAGAACGUGAAGCUUACGAAGCAGCUGUUUGAGCUCGCAGAGCAAGCCAAGCAAAAGAAGGCCAUCCGGCCGGACAAUCCCGAAGUCCAGCGAGAAAUGGACAAGCUGACGAGGGAAGUCAAGUCGAGCAGGCAGCGGUGGAAGGUCAUGAAGGGUGUAGCUAGUGGCAUCAUCGCCGGUAGUGGCGUUGACUGGGCGGGAGACGAAGAUCUGCGCAAUAUCGUUCUAGAUCCCGAAGAUGAAGACUAA